CUCAUACGUCCUAUCUUGAAAACGAUGUAAUAAAGACUUAAUUUCACUAAUAAUGGAUAUAUAAAACUUUAAUUAAUUUGGAAGAGGUGUGCUAAUAUGGCUGUUAAAAGAGACGAUUUAUCAUGCCUUGAGCAUUUUGACGAAGAUUCUGUUCUUGAAGUUUUGAGAUCAAGAUAUGCACAAGAUAAAAUUUUUACAAAUUGUGGUGAGAUUUUGUUGGCUGUAAACCCAUACAAGACAUUGCCUAUAUUUGAUGAUGAAAAACAUGAAAAAUACGAUUGGAAAAGAUUUGAAGCAAACAUGCCACCACAUGUUUAUAAUGUUGCGGCUCGUGCAUACCAAAGAAUACGAGAAGCAAAGACUGAUCAAGUAAUUCUUGUCAGUGGAGAAUCCGGAGCCGGAAAAACAGAAAGUACAAAACUUAUGGUCAAGCACUUGGUUUACAUGUGCCCUAAUGGAAGUCAUGAAUUGCACAACACAAUUGUACAGGUGAAUCCUCUUUUGGAGGCUUUUGGAAAUGCCCAGACAAUAAUGAACGAUAAUUCAAGUCGAUUUGCUAAAUUUUUAGAGCUCAGCUUUGACGACAGUGGACAGGUUCUCGGAGCUGCAAUUCGUGAUUACAUGUUAGAAAAGUCAAGAGUAGUUACUUCCAAUAAAGAUGAGGGAAAUUUUCAUAUUUUCUACUCCUUGUUCGCAGGAACCAGUAAACAACAACUGAUCGACCUCAAUUUGUCGGAAGGCAAAGAUUAUAGGAUCAUGAAGAGUGGGUGUCUUAAAUUGUUAGAAGGAAAGACAAAAUACAGAGAAAUAUACACACAACAAAUGGAUGCAUUGAAAAGGAUAGGCUUCGAUGAGGAUGACAUGAACAUUUUACAUUCCAUGUUAGGAGCGAUUAUUCAUUUGACUGAAGUAAAGUUUCGAGAGGCGAACAAAGUAAAUGCGCCUCUAGAAAUAGUGAACACUGACCAGGUGGAUCAAGCUGCACAGCUACUGAAUGUAGAUCCAGUAGAACUUUGCUUAGCACUUCUCAAAACCAAGACAGAAUAUGGAGGUAUAGGAGGUGAGCAGAUUUACUGUUUGAAAAAUUUAGAACAAGCCCGAGAUAGUUGUGAUGCUUUAGCCAAAGCUAUCUAUGAGCGAAUGUUUGGAUGGGUGAUUAGACGGAUCAAUGAGGAUUUGAACCCCACUAAACAAAGGAAAAAGGUUGCUGCAUCAAUAGGGAUACUCGAUAUUGCUGGGUUUGAGAAUCUUCACGUCAACAGUUUUGAACAGUUGUGCAUCAAUUUCGUUAAUGAGCGUCUUCAAAACUUUAUGAACGACCAUGUGUUUAGGAAAGAAAGAGCGAUAUACCGUGACGAAGGCAUUCCAUGUGACGAUAUAGAAUUCAAAAACAAUGAAGGCAUUAUCGAUACAUUCAUAAAGAAGCACAUUGGGAUUCUUAAUUUAUUGAAUGAAGAAACUCAGUUCAAGCAAGGCUCAGAUGACAGUUUUGUUAGAAAGGUUACAGCAAACCAUGCUAAAUCAGACAUUAUUGUAAAAAAACGAAAUGACGAUCCAGAAUUUGGAGUAUGCCAUUUUGCCGGAAAGGUAUGGUAUGACUGCCAUGGAUUUCUGGAUAGGAACAAGGACACUCUGAACGACGAUUUGUUUGACUGUAUGAAGGACAGUACAAAUGACUUCAUUCGUGAUCUUUUUACUAUCAAAAAGGGACCAACUGGCACAAUAUCAGAAACACAAUUCCAUUUACGACAGUCAAAGAAAGUUCAGAGAGAGCACAGGUCUAAUAGUGCCAUGCAACUGUCUACAGAACUUGGAAAAUCUUUGAAAAAGUAA